AUGGAGCUGCAGCUACUGAGGAAGGGAGGGAGACCGAAAGGGUUUCCCGCGAAGGUUUGCUUUGCCCCGGGGAUCGUGGGGUGCCCCGAGCCAACGCCCGCGCCCAAAGCGGGGCCCCCCGAGUGGGGUGGGGGGGAGGGAGGGGCAGGGGCCCGGCCCCCCGGCUCAGCGCCUCCCCCGCUCCUGCCCCCCGCCCGUGGGCCCCCAGCCCUGCCCGAGCCCCGCCUCGCGGUGAGCCAGGGGCGGGCCGGAGGCGCCGGGGGCGGCCCCGAGGCGGGGAGCGGCCCCAGCCGCGGAAGCGCCGCCCCGGACCGGGGCCCAGGGACCGGUCAGCCCCGGCCCGGGGCCGCGCCCCUGGGGGGCGGGCCCCGGGUCCCCGGGAACCGCCCCGUCCCCCCGGGCCCGGCCGCCACCGAGCGUCCCAGCCGGGCCGGACCGAGCUUCAGGAUCCCAGCGGCGCCGGUGGGGAAAAGGCGGGGGGAAGCGGCCCCGCGGGGCCCCACAGGGGGCCCGCGGGGCCCCCCAGGCCCCAGCGGGGCCCAAGGGGCCACAGCCCCCACCCCCGCGGGGCCCCAGCGGGCUCCGGGGGCCGAGCCCCGCGGGGCCGGGCGGCCCCAGGGGGCCGAGCGGGCCCCAGGGGACCAGCGGGGCCCACAGCGGGGCCGGGCCGAGCGGGCCUCACAGGGGGCCCCACAGCGGGGCCGAGGUGGGGGGCCCCGGGGGCCACCCCGCGCCACGGGCCCACAAGGGGGGCCGGCCCCACAGCGGGCCCGCGGCCCCAGGGGUCACAGCGGGGCCGAGGCCCCCCCAGGGCCCAACGGGCCCGCCCCCAGGGCCCCCACCGGGCCCAGGGCCCCGCCGGGGCCCACAGCGGGCCACGGGGGCCCCCGGGCCCCAGGGGGCCCCCCGGGGGCCCCUCCCGGGCCCCCAGGGGCCCACAGGGGGCCCACGGGGCCCCACACGGGGCCGGGGCCCACAGGGGGGCCCCCAGGGGGCCCCACAACCAGCCGGCUCCCCAGCGGGCCCCUCCCGGGGCCCACAGGGCCACAUGGGCCCAGCCGGGCCACAGGGGCCCCAGCGGGCCUACGGGGCCCCACAGGGGCCCCCCAGGGGCCCCGCCCCGGGGCCAAAGGGGCCCCAGGGGCCACAGCGGGGGCCGAGCGGGCCCCCCCAGGGGGGCCCCCCCCCGCGGGGCCUAAGGGGCCCAAGGGGCCCCAUGCCCAGCGGGCCCGCGGGGCCGGCGGGCCCAGGGGGCUCACAGCGGGCCCCGGGGCCGAGGGGCCCACAGGGGCCCCAGGGGGGCCCCCUACAGGGGUCCCCUCAGUCGGGCCCCACAGCCCCCAGGGCCCUAAGGGGCCGAGGGGCCCCACAGGGGGGCCGAGGGGGCCCCCGCGGGGGGCCGGGGGCCCACAGGGGCUCACAGGGGGCCGAGGGGCUCGGGGGCCCAGCGGGCCUCCAGGGGCCUCCAGCGGGCCAGCGGGCCAAGGGGCUCCCCACAGGGGCCCGGGCCUCCAGGGGGGGCCCCCACAGCCGGGGACCCGCGGCCCUCCAGGGGGCCCUCCCCGGGGGCCCCCACAGGGGCCCCAAGCGGGGCCCACAGGGGCCGGGGGCCCCCAGGGGCCCCAAGCCCCAGGGCCCCCUCCCAGCCCAGCGGGCCCACGGGCCCCACAGGGGGCCCAGCGGGGCCCGGGGGCCCCAGGGGCCCCACAAACCCAGCGGGCCCUGCCAGGGCCCAGCCCUCCAGGGGCCCCAGGGGGGCCCCUACAGUGGGGCCCCACGGGCCCGGGGGGGGCCCACGGGGCCCCAGCGGGGCCCCCCCCCAGCGGGGCCCAGCGGGGCCCCCAGGGGCCCCCAGCCCCAGGGGGGCCCCCCUCCAGGGGGCCCGGGCCCGGGGCCCCACCCCUUUCCCAGGGGUGCCCCGGGGCCCCCACCCGGGUUCCCCUUUCACACCCCACCUAA